AUGGACUGGAUUCGGGACACCUUCAACACCCUGAGGGCCAUGAACCCUCGGGAGUACAUCACCCAGGGCAUGAGCCUCGGCUUGAUCGUGACUUCGGCCCUGAUGAUCUGGAAAACACUCAUGCUUGUCACUGGCAGCGAGUCUCCAGUGGUGGUCGUGCUGAGCGGCAGCAUGGAACCGGCAUUCUACCGUGGGGACAUCCUUUUUCUGAACCUCGGCAAGGAGCCCAUCCGCACGGGCGAGGUGGUGGUCUUCAACGUGGACGGCCGGGACAUACCAAUUGUGCACAGGGUGAUAAAAGUGCACGAGCGGGCAUCCCAAAACCACAUCGACAUGUUGACAAAGGGUGACAACAACUAUGGACACGAUCGUGUGCUGUACAUGCCGGGACAAGACUGGCUGAAUAUGGAGCACAUCAUGGGGAGGGCAUGCGGGUAUGUCCCAUAUGUUGGAAUGGUGACCAUCAUCAUGAACGACUACCCCUUCGUGAAGUACCUCCUAAUUGGUGUGCUGGGGCUCCUUGUCCUAACAAGCAAGGACUAA